AUGGUUAAAAACACAGGUGUCUCUGAUGCUGUCGAUAGAUCAAGAUCCAUAAAUAAAUAUUCCUCUAUAAUUACGAAAGCAAUAAAGCGCAACAGUAAUAUAACAAUCUCUGAUAAGCUUAACAACACUCUGGACAAAUUUAACAAGGGAGAAUACAAAAACGAUUGGGAGGACUGGAAGAAAGAGAGAACGAAGAGCGUAACGGUGACAAACAUAGUCGAAACGAACUUCGAAGUACAUAAUGAAUAUAAUUCUACAUUUAAUACUCCAACACUUGGAAAGCGAAAUUCGAAAGAUUCAUCUAAAAAAGGCGCAAGCGCAAGGCGAAAGACUAAAAGAGUGAAAUUACCCGACAGUGAUGAAGACUUGGACGAUAAUAAAAACUCUAGCGAAUCACAGUCAACCGAUGAAAAUCUAACCGAUGGAUCACCACCCAGAUCUCCUCCAAAUAAAGAAAAAUUUCUUUCUACUCCAAAUAAGCGAAAUAUGCAUGAUGUGGAGAUUGUUCGUUAUCUUGACGCCCUGGAAAAUUGUUUGAAGCACAACCGAGUUCUUAGUGAUGCACCCCCUGUAUGGACUAAACCUCUAGAGGCCUACCUCGACAAUGCUUUUAAAAAAGAAAGAGAUGAAUUUAAGAUGUCAAUCAUGCAAGAAAUCAAAGAAGACAAAGGAAAUCACUUUCGCCUGUAUUGUGAAAAAAUUCUAAUGGAUUUCUAUAAUUUGGUUGAUAUCUUUCCCGAUAUGUCAAGAAGAAUUGGGGAACGAAAAUACAUCGUACAAAAUAUUUCUUCCCUCUUUAAAUUUUACGAAACAACCUUUGGAAAAAUAUGCAUUGAUUGGAUAGAAUCACAUUCUUCGGCAGGUAAAUUAACAAAAUCGACCACCAAUUCCGGUAUUAUUAAGGUGGAUAUAAGAGGUGUCCGGUUAUUGGAUGAUAAAGAAAUUCUUCAUGUGGAAGUUUCGGGUCCACCGUCGUUGCCAACAAAACGUCAUACCACAGGUGAUACGAAAAAAUCAUUGCACACAGACAUUCUGAAUUUGAUAUCAAUUUUACUUGAUCAUCUUGACCUUUCUGUUGAGGUUGCGACACGGAUUAAAGUGUUUAGUUUUCAAGUAAUUGAAUAUCGAAUCACAUUUUAUUCUCUCAAUAUGUUGAAUGAUGGUUCCUUUCUUGCAUCAGAAUUAGGUUCCGCUUUAUUUCCUUUUUCAUUUGACGCUAGAGCAAAGUACAAGCAAAUUCUAUUUCUUAUGGGUAUUUUUCACAAAAAAGUUAUGAAUCAAAUUUCAUUAAUGCAAGAACUCGAUUUAAAAGUUGACCAUUAUAAAGGAAAAUCCGUUCGAAGUGUCUUAAAGAUUCCCAUGGCUUUGAAAGAACUUCUACAAAAGAAAUUUGAUGAUUGA